GAGCGAGUUCAUCUUCUCUUAUCCCCCCAUUCUUGUAGGCAAAGAGACGAAGAGGUUUUUAGUUAUGGCGACUAUGGGGAGCUUGAUUGGUCUCGUCAAUCGUAUACAGAGAGCUUGUACUGCUCUUGGUGACUACGGUGGUGGUGAUUCUGCGUUGGCUUCUCUCUGGGAUGCCCUUCCUUCCGUCGUUGUUGUCGGAGGCCAGAGUUCUGGAAAGUCCUCGGUGUUGGAGAGCGUUGUUGGGAGAGAUUUUCUUCCCAGAGGAUCUGGGAUUGUCACAAGGCGACCUUUGGUGUUGCAGUUGCAUAAGAUAGAGGACAAAGAAGAAUAUGCCGAAUUUGGACAUAUUCCACGGAGGCGAUUUACUGAUUUCUCUUUGGUACGGCAGGAGAUUCAAGAUGAAACAGACAGAAUCACUGGAAAGUCAAAACAAAUAUCUCCAAUUCCAAUUCAUCUCAGCAUAUACUCCCCUAAUGUCGUCAACUUAACCUUAAUCGAUUUACCAGGAUUGACAAAAGUUGCUGUUGAGGGACAGCCUGAAAGUAUAGUAGAAGAUAUAGAAAAGAUGGUUCGGGCUUAUGUUGAUAAGCCCAACUCUAUCAUACUAGCAAUAUCUCCUGCCAAUCAAGAUAUUGCAACAUCUGAUGCCAUUAAACUUGCUAAGGAGGUGGAUCCAUCAGGUGAAAGGACAUUUGGUGUGCUGACGAAACUUGAUCUGAUGGACAAAGGAACUAAUGCAUUAGAUGUCCUUGAAGGCAGAGCUUAUCGUCUACAACAUCCUUGGGUGGGGAUUGUGAAUAGAUCCCAAGCUGAUAUUAUGAAAAACACUGAUAUGAUUUAUGCAAGGCGACGAGAGCAGGAGUAUUUUGCUACAAGUUCUGACUAUGGACACCUGGCUAGUAAAAUGGGUUCAGAAUAUUUGGCAAAACUUCUCUCGAGGCAUCUGGAAUCUGUAAUCAAAGCAAAAAUACCAGGUAUUAUUUCCUUGAUAAACAAAGGAAUUGAUGAGAUGGAAGCAGAGUUGGACCGUCUUGGGAGGCCAAUUGCAGUUGAUGCAGGGGCUAAAUUGUACACUAUUUUGGAACUAUGCCGUGCUUUUGACAAAAUAUUCAAGGAACAUCUAGAUGGAGGACGACCUGGAGGUGACCGAAUUUACGGAGUAUUUGACAACCAGCUUCCUGCUGCUUUGAGAAAACUUCCGUUUGAUAAGCAUCUUUCUCUACCAAAUGUGAGGAAAAUUGUUUCUGAGGCAGAUGGUUACCAGCCUCACUUGAUUGCUCCGGAACAAGGCUAUCGACGCCUUAUAGAUGGGUCAUUGAGUUAUUUUAGGGGACCAGCUGAAGCUUCUGUAGAUGCAGUGCAUUUCGUCCUAAAGGAACUUGUCAGGAAGUCGAUAGGAGAAACUGAGGAGUUAAGGCGGUUUCCGGCGCUUCAAACUACUCUUGCUGCUGCUGCUGGUGAAGCAUUGGAAAAAUUCCGUGAGCAAAGUAAGAAGACGGUCGUUAGAUUGGUGGACAUGGAGUCUUCUUACCUAACGGUGGAUUUCUUUAGGAGACUUCCCCAGGAAGUGGAGAAAGGUGGGUUAGCUCCCUCACCUGCAGAUCGCAGAGCUGCAUCUGCUGAUCGCAAAAACCCGUCUUCAGACCAUGGAAUCCCUACUCCAGAACGUGGAAACCCAAGUGACCCAUUAGGGGAUCGUUAUGCAGAUGCACACUUUAGGAGGAUUGGCUCAAACGUAUCAUCUUAUAUAAGCAUGGUGUCAGAUACACUCAGGAUCACAAUUCCGAAGGCAGUUGUUUAUUGUCAAGUGAAAGAGGCCAGACAGAAUCUACUCCAUUACUUCUACACACAAAUCGGAAGAAAGGAGGGCGAACAGCUCGGGGAGUUGCUAGAUGAAGAUCCGUCUUUAAUGUCAAAGAGACAAGAACUUGCCAAAAGACUAGAGUUAUACAAGGCGGCAAGAGAUGAGAUCGACUCUGUAGCAUGGGUGCGGUAACAGUGAUAUCUUCUUUGCCAAACAGCUGGGGAUUCUGCAAGUUCUGUUAGUCUGUCUUCUUUUCACAUCACUCUUCAGAUCUCGAUCUGGUUUCUUGUAUGCUCCGUUUAUGUUGUGUUUGUUAUCGAGAAUAGGAAAAUAUGUGCUGUACAUUUGUAAAAACUACCGCGUUCUCGAUAUAUAUAAAUAUGCGUGUAUCAUCU